AUGGAUAAACCCGAGAAUCGCCUAGGUGCAGCCACGACUAGACACCACUUAGGUGGUUUUAUCGAGUAUGAUGCGGACCUCGUGGUUGGUCCCGAAACUUGGGUUGAAUUGAGGCUUGUCGGUGGACUGAGGGAGACUCUGCCGAAAUUUUGGCAGAAAGUCUCGUGCCCUAAAUCCUCUCUGGUAAAAGAGGACAUAGUUUUAAGGAGUGAACCCGGCGUGGGUGUGAUGCCGGGGUCUCCGCAGGGUUCGUCUCGGGUUUCGGGAAAUUCGGGGCGGGUCCUGUCAGCUUGGUAUCAGAGCUUAGGGUGUCACGUUCCUAGAAACGUGUCUAUCCAAAUUGUCGUAUCUCAAUAUCCUAUGGAAGGAAAUGGAGGAGCUGAAAGUAUUGAAUCCGAUGAGAUGAAAUUGUCAGAGGAAGUUGAUGGACAAGUUACAAGGGAAUGGAAGAGUUGUGAGUCCGACCAAGGAGGGUCGUGA